UUAGGUGAAUUUUGUUCAAACUGAUUUCUGAAAUGUCAGAUUUUGGUUGGUUCAUUCCAUAACUUUUCUGUCAGACAUGUAGUAUUACAGUUUAAUGUAGAAGCAUAUAGAGUAUUAAUAAGAAUACAGUAACAAUACAUACAUUUUUAAGUGUCUGAAUAUUUUUGAAGCCCACUGCAUGUUUCCUAAAAAAGUAUAAAUUAUUAAUUGUUUUAAAUAUGAGAUGAUAUUUGAGGAAACAGGCUGUGUGUGUCUGUCCAGUAACCUGAUCAGUGGUGCCCUCUCCACUCCUCUCCCCAAAAUAACUCUACACUCACCCUCUAAUUCUUCACUGGGUACAGACACUUCCACACCAGACUAUGGCAAAAAAAAAACAGGCAGAACGGGUGAGGUCGCACCUCCAUGCCUGCUGCUGCACAGUUAUAGUUUGAUACAGGCCACAUAUUCAUCUGUUAGAUGUGGACGAAGAGAUUGGAGAUUGGCAGUGUCUCUCAGAUAGAUCAGAUAGUUACGAUUGUUACUUUUUUGACCUAAACCAGAAUUACAGUUUAUUUUUGGACCAGGACUAUUAAAUAGUCAAUAUGAUGUCAGACGAGUAUUUGGUGGAGUGUAAUAUUGAUGAUGAUGAUGAUGAUGAAGAUGAAGAUAAAGAUGAUGAUGUGAAGGAGAUGCACCCGUCUCCGCCUCCUCCUCCACAGUUCUCCUCCACCCCGUCCCUCACUUGGGGUGAGAUCAGAGAUCCCUGUGGCAUCAACAAACACUUGAAGAUAGAGUUCAGUGAUGUUUUGGCGGAGCCCGUGUCCACACACAGCUACGACCGCGUGUGGGUGUACAGCGGCAUUGGGUUCGAGUCCACGAGGCUGUGGGGUUACCGCUGCCUCACAGCGCUGUGUGCGGUUCCCCUCUCCUGCCUCUGUGGCUGUCUCUUUGCCCUCCUGGCCUGUAUGCACAUCUGGUGUGUGAUGCCCUGUAUCCAGGUGUGUCAUAGCUGCCUGCCCUGUGUGAGGUCACUGUGGAUGAGUGCGGUUAAUAUCUUCAUCGCUCCGUUCUGCACAUCUGUGGCUCGCUGUUGCAGUGGCGUAUAUGUGGUGUUCUCCAAAGAGUGAUGAAACACAGGAAGGAAUUUGAGGAAGCUUGUCAAAUUAAAUAACAAAACAAAACAUGAAUGCUUGGAAUACCUGAAUGGAUUUUGUUGUUGUUGUUGUUAUUUGAUGCUAUGUUUAAAUAACCAUGAGACAUUCAAAGGAGAGGAUUACAUGUUAUUAAAUAGAUUUUUAUUUAAUAACCUUUUAUAUGUAUUUUUAAUUCAUCUUAAUGUAACAAAUUCUGCAUAGGUUUGUCUACGAAAUUACAAUAUAACCUUUUUACACAGAAUCUGCUGAUUUUUCUUUUUCCAGAUGUUUGAUAUAAUGAAUGUCUGCUUUAAUGCUGUGUCAUACAUGUAUUUGAGUAAAACCAUGUAGCCUGCAUGUUUGUGCAUGUCUUAUUUACUACUGUCUCCAUUCUAAUAUGCUGAUUUGCUGCUCAAGAAACAUUUAUUAAGUAUAAUCAAUGUUGAAAACAGUUGUGCUUCUCAAUGAAGUUUUCUUUUCAGGAUUAUUUGAUUAAUAGAAAGUUAAAAAGAACAGCUU